GGAAAAGAUGGCUGCUUCGGCGGCAACGGCGAGUUCUUCCCCCGGUUUGUGUCCAAAUUACGCCGUGAUUUGCUCCUUCUUGGAGCGGUACGGAGCGCUGUUGGACUUACCGGAGCUCACUUUUCCUCAGCUGGAGAGAUAUCUGCAGGACACCUCCUCAGUUCCAAAGCUGCUGGUUGAUCUUCACGUCAAGUUGCUGAGGAAAAUUGGCAAGUCGGUGUCAGCAGACAGAUGGGAGAAGUAUCUAGUCAAGGUGUGCCAAGAGUUCAACACGACUUGGGCAUGGGAACUCGAACAAAAUGGAUACAAGGAGUUGACAGUGGAGUGCAAGACCGGGAUACUUAAAUAUUUGUGCGAGUGUCAGUUUGAUGAAAACGUAAAGUUCAAAACUGCCAUCAACGAUGAGGACCCAGAUAAAAUGCGUCUGCAGCCGAUCGGGCGCGACAAAGACGGACAGAUGUAUUGGUUUCAACUGGACCAAGACAACAACGUUCGGGUUUACACUGAGGAGCAGGACGACUUGGACGGGUCAUCAUGGAAGUGCAUCGUCAAAGACAGAAACGACUUGGCUGAGGUUGUUGCUCUGCUGAAGACACAAAUCGACCCCGAGCUGUUGAAAAAGAAAGACCAAGAACAGGAAAACAAACCCGAUGGUGAGGAGGACAAAGAAAAAGGAGAAGGUGAUGCUAAAAAGGCAGACGACACAUCAGACGAAGACAGCAAGGACUCUAGCAAGGCCGUCUCCCCAAAGACAGAGAACAAUGAAAAAGUAACACAGAAUGAUAACCUAAAGUCAGAAGUCUCUGAGACAAAAUCUUCACUGAAUGGCAUCAUCGAAGGCAAAACUGAGGCAGAACUCCACUCAGAAGACAUCAGUAAAAAAGCCCUGAACAUCAAAGAGGAGCCGAUGGAGGUGACGGACACUAAAUCAAGCACAAGUGAACCAACACCGGCUUCUGAGGCGUCGAGUUUAUCAGUAAAGGCAGAGAAAGGAGAGGAGGCAAAGAAGAAUACCGCAGAGGAGAUCCAACAGGCCAUGAAGAACGACCAGCAGGCCAAAAUCCCUCUUAAGAAAAGGGGAAUGAAGUUUAGUGAAGACUUUGAGAAAAAUAGCUCCAUCAUAGUGCAAAAUCCAGCAGUUUCUAAUCUCAAGGAGGCUCCUAAAGCUGAGUUGACUCCUGAACAGACAAAGAAAGUUCAGACGGUAAAUGAUCAUGUUAAUGGUGAAGUUCAGCCUUCGUCCGAGUCACUAAAAGACGCCGUCGUCGACAAAGAGCCAACGACUGAAGCAGCUAUAGGUAAAACUGUAGACGCCACAGAAAACGAGGCUCCGGCUACAGAAAAAGACGACCGGAAAGACAAAAAGGAUGAGGCCUGCAGUGCAGAAAAGGACAGCGAGAAAGUCGCAUUACAACAAGUGGACGUGGAGAAGACGCCUCAAGAUGUGCUGGCAGAAAAAGAAACAGAAAAGAGGGAAGCACACAAGUCUCCACCGCCACCGACAGACCCGCCACUGACACCACCGCCACCUUUACCUAAAGACAUAAAUAAUGCACUAGAGAAAUCCUCUAAUCACGAAGAUCAUGAGAAAGUCAAAGAAUCCAAACCAGCAGACACAAAGGAAUCUUGUACAGCGAACAACACGUUAAAGGAAGGUGAUAAAACAUUAACAGCUGAUGAGUCAGAGAGCCUAAAUUUAAAUCAUGAAGUCAGACCCAAAGAAGCGGAGUCAAAAGAUUCAGAAAAGUCAGAGGAAAAGACAGACUGUGUGGACAUGGACACAUCUGAGGCAAGCCAGACUAAAAAAGCAAAGACAGCAGAAGAUGUAACAGAAAAAGAAACGAGUGACGCUAAAGAAACGGGGGCAUCUGAGGCAAAUGUUGAGAAAUCAGAAGAGUCUGCGUUAAAAGAGAAACAAGAAGACAUUAAAACAACAGAGAAACAAUCUGCAGACAAAGAUCCUGCAGAGAAAUCUGCAGGAUCUUUGUCUGCGUUAAAAGAGAAACAAGAAGACAUUAAAACAACAGAGAAACAGUCUGCAGACAAAGAUCCUGCAGAGAAAUCUGCUGACUCUGAAAAUACCGUAUCAACAUCUGUCAUUAAAAAAACAAACAAACCAAUAAUCAGUGAGAAAUCAGAAGAAACAGCCAAAACUAAGGCGCGUGUGGAGCCUCCUGUUAUUGAAAAGACUGACAAAUCCAAAACAUGUAAACUUGCAGAGAAGCAGGACAGCAUCAAAGAUGCAGUGGUGACUCCGGAGAAAGCCAGUGAAGCAUGCGAGACAAAGACGGAAAAGCCAGAAGACGUAAAGGAAGCUGUCAACUGCGAAGACAGCACGAUACACGAUGUCACCAAGAUAAGCGACUCUGAGUCUGGGCCUGUGGCAGCAGAGACAUCAGGCGUUAAACACGAUCAGACAAAGCCACAAGAGGAUGAUAAAACUGAGACAAAGUCUGUUGCACAGAAGACGAUGGAGGAACCAUCUGAAGGGAGCAAUAAACCAAGCAGCCCUGUUGAGAAGACAAAUGUCUCUGAAGAAACUGAUAAAGAACUUGAAAGACUCGAGAUAGAGCAAAAGAAAGCGUCUGAGGAAGAGCCUAAAAAAACAGAGGCAAAGCAUCCAUUGUUAGAAAGUAAAAAGGUUGCUGACAAGGAAAGUGAAAAGGACACGGACAAUGAAAAGCUUUCAAACGACAAAGGAAAUAAAAGGGAUUCCACAACAGAUAAACUCUCAGAAAUUGAAAAAACAGAGGAGGAGAAACAAGCUCAGACAGAGAGUAAAACCUCGACCACAAUGGAAGAAUCUGGAGACCAAAACAUGAGCAAAGAUGCUGGGUCCUCAACAGAAACCGAAAACCCCCCUGGCAAAGAUCCAGCCACAGAUACACCCACAGACAAGGACAGUAAAGAGAACAGCAAGGAGGGGGACUCUGCGAAAACAAAAAAAGAGGUAGCGAACGGUGGAGAAGCUCACGUCGAUAAUAAGGAGGAAGUUACCCGUCGGAGAAGCAAACCUCCAGCUCAUCGACGGAAAGUUGAGCUCCAGAGAGAAGAGCGACAAGGAGACUCUGAGUCCGAUACGAACACGGGGAGGUCUCUUCGAAGGUCACCGAGGAUCUCAAGACCCACACCAAAGGCAGUAGAGAUCCAGGACAAGAAGAUGGAGAAGCUGCAGGCCGCUCCUCCGUCUCAGAAGCAGGACGACAACAACGACAAGGGUGAGAAAGUAAAAGAUGAAGAGGAGGAGGAAGAAGAGGAGGAGGUGGUGAAGACUGUUCAGAAAAAGCCAAGAGAGAAAAAGACAGAUCAGGAGGGUCAGACAAAGCCCAAGGGGAGAAAAAGGCGGAAGAUUCGGUGGUCCAACACGCGAACGCGCCGCAAAAAGAAAGAUUCCGAGGAUGAGGAUGACAACAGUGACGAGGAGUCCAGCGAUGACGAGGAGAGCGAGGAGGAGGACGACAGCGACGAAGACUACAAGGUCGAGCGGAGCAGGAAGAGGCGGAACCGGAACCAAGAGAGACGAAGCUCGGACUCCUCGACAUCUACGGACGACGAUCUACCUCCAAAUGACGACCCCUGCAAACACUGCGGUCUUCCAAAUCACCCAGAGCUGAUCUUGUUGUGCGAUUCGUGCGACAGCGGCUAUCACACAGCCUGCCUCAGGCCUCCCCUCAUGAUCAUCCCCGAUGGCGAAUGGUUCUGUCCACCCUGCCAGCAUAAGCAACUUUGCGACAAGCUGGAAGAGCAGCUCCAAAACCUGGACGCUGCUUUGAAGAAGAAGGAACGAGCUGAGAGGAGGAAAGAGCGUCUAAUUUACGUUGGAAUCAGUGUUGAGAACAUCAUCACGCCCUCCGUGGAGGUGGAAGAGGAAAAGCCGGAGAUCGUGAUCAAAGAGAAGAAGGAACCGAAGCGGAGUAAGAGCUGGGGCCGACGUUCGACGAGGACGAAGAAAAACAUCAGCUACAGAUUUGAUGAGUUCGAUGAGGCGAUCGAGGAGGCCAUAGAGGAAGACAUCAAAGAAGCAGAGGGUGGAGGAGCUGGUCGAGGUAAAGACAUGGCCAACAUCACAGGCCACAGAGGGAAGGACAUGUCCACCAUCCUCCAUGGAGAGGAGGGCAAAGAGAACGGCCGGCCGCCUCGACCCAGCAUCAGUCAGCGCAAGAAGAAACGCCGGCGACUCAAUGACCUGGACAGCGACAGCACCGUGGACGAGGAGGAAAGCGAGGAAGAGUUUCGCCUCAGUGAAAGUUCAGAAGAGGAAUUUGUCGUAUCGGAAAACGAAUCAGAAGCUGAAACAGAGGCAGAGUCCAACGGCAAUGACAGCGACUUUGGCAGCAACAGCAGCAGCCGACGUCUUGCUUCCUCGCGGACCAGGAAGCCACCGAAACGCAGGCGAAGCUCCAGAAAGCGCAGAAGACCGAGAGGGUACUCGGAUGAUGAGGAAGAGGAGACAGAUGAAGACGACGAAGAAGAUGAAAUAGUGACUGAAGGCUCCAGCGAGUUCAGCGACAGUGAUCUGGAUAUGAGUCGACGGCGAUCUCGACGGAGCCAGAAGAAGAAGGUGAACUACUGCGAGACGUCCGAGUCUGAAGGCUCUCAGGCAGAAACCAACCGGGCCAAAAUGAAAAUCAGACGUCCUCAGGACAGCUCGGAAAGCGAAGCGAGUUUCUCCAGAGACUCUGAGGAGGAGCCGAGGGAUCGGAGGCUGAAAAGAAGAGCCGACUCCUCGGAGGAAGAUUCCCGGCAGCGGCGCAGACGUCUCGCGUUAAAGCGCAGGAGAGCGUCUGAGGAGGACGACUCGGACAACGACUCAGACGAAUCUUCGGAGGAGGACCGCCCGAUCCGCAAACGGGUGAACCGCAUCGACUCAGACGAUGAUGACGACGACGAGCCAGAGGAGAAACCGAAGGAGAAGAAAGCUGAGGAGGAGUCAAAGGGAACAAACCCACUGGACUGCAAUCUGGCGGAGCUGCCACCCACCAAUGGACAGAGCCCGAUUAAGAGCCUCGAGGGCCUCAUCAGCCGGCCUGCUGCCGCCGCUCCAGGCAUCAUCCCACAUGUGGAGGCGCCCAAAAACACCAGUACCACACCAACCGCCGUCAUAGCACCAAACGGGCUGGUCAGCCAGGACAUGGCGGCGCAGGACGAUGACGAAGACGACCUGUUAGGAGUCACAGACCUCGUGGACUACGUCUGCAAUAACGAACAAUUGUAAAAACAAAACAGUGUACUGUUUCUUUUUUUUUUUUUGUGGUAUUGUAUUUUUAUAUUGCUUAACUUUAUUAUUCCCCCCCCCCCUGCCAACACCUUCCACGUCGUCCUUUUUACUCGUGUCAUCCGGAGCUUGAUUCUCGGCACCAACAGCAGGAACUGGAUCCCAGUCUUCAGUCUGUCCCUGUGGGAUUGUGGAACCAAUAAAGGCACUAACAUAUCGUCUCUCAUUUGUCCGGUAAUAAGAACCCUCAAACCAUCAUCAUCAACAUCCAGCUCCACUGCCAAACCACCUCUCACCUCUAAACAUGUCACUCAUUUGACAUCUGUUUUUUUUUUUUUUUGUUGUUUUUUACCUUCAGAGAUCUGGAAAGAAAAUCUGAAGCCGUUAAUUGAAAGGGAACUUUAAACAUCAUUCCAUAAUUGAGAUAAAUUUUUGUUCAUCAGUUAACAUUUUUUCCCUGAGAAUACAUGUUAGGAAAAGUGAUUAUUCACCUUAAGACAGAGAGGAUUGAAACCAAGUCUUUAUUGCAAAUAUGAAGCUGCAGCCAACAGCAGGUUAUCCUCAUCUGGCAAUCAUGAUGUGGUGGCAAUUUCAGAAAGGCUUGAUGAGUAUUGUGAUGUUUUACAUACAAAAAAAAUCCACCUAUCAUGAAGUUUUUUUAAAUCCCACAAAAUAACACUUUAUAUCUUAUUUGUUACCUUAUGCUGUUUCCACUGUUUUCAGUCUCUGUGCUGAGCUAAGCUAAGCUAACUGGCUGCUGGAUGCAUCUUUUUAUUCGUGUUAAAGAUGUGAGAAAUCUGCUUAAUCUGUUCUACCUUUGAUGAGACUAUUUGUUCUUCUUUCUCUCAUAUUUGAUAAGCUAACAUUUCACACAUCACAGCUGGUUAGAUACUGGUGUUUCGGCAAUAUUCCCUGGUUUUUGUUUUUUUGUUUGUUUUUUUUUUUAAACCCUUGAUAUUAAAUCUAUAUAUUCAACCCCUUGCGUUGUAUGAAGGUGUGAAUGUAUAUAUGUGACCAACCUGUCAGUCCUUCCCUUCCUUUCUUUGCUGAAUGAUAGAGUAGCUUUUGUAUAUUGUAUACAUACAUACAUAACUAUUUUAACUUUGUGCGUUGCCAUCAGCAUCAGUGGUAAAAAUCUCACUUUUUAGUUUGUCAGAAGAAACAAAAUCAAAACCUCUUAAUCUCAAGAUCUAGUCUAGUGUCUUCUUACAUUUAUGUUACCUUGUGAUUUUGAUUUUAAUAAUGAUGUAUUUCUUUGUAUAUCUAAACCUUUAUUUGUUGUUGUCGUCGUCUCUUAGAGCAAAAUGUAAAGUGUCUUAUUUUCUUUGUAAAUUCAUCGAAGGUUGAACACCUGCAGACUGCUGGCUUUUAUUGACUAAAAUAACACUCAGCUCCAAAACAAACCCUUUUUUUUUUUUUUUUUUAAAUUUGUUUCUUAUUCUACUUCCUGCGUACGUCUCUGUGUUUAUAAUCUUGAGCUGAUGUUCGGGUCGAGUUGUUGCUGGACCUCAGCCAGAUCAAGAUUCUACAAAAAAUUGUGUGGGGUGGGGGGGGAGGAAAAACAAACCAAUGACUUCACUGACCUCUGCUGGAACCAGUUUGUGUGUAUAUCUGUAGUUUUUGCUGUAAUAUAUUUAGAGGCAUUUUUUUAAUCAUGGAAAAAUAUAUCGGGCAAUUCUUUGGGAUUGCACGAGUUUCUAAUAGUUUUCUUUUGUAGGGAAGUGAUAUUGGCACAACAGUUUUUGUAACAAAAUCAGAAAACUUUGGCAUGUUUUGAGGAGCUCUCCUCACCUGUUGGUGCUGAAGGGGCUAAAGGAGACUCCGCAGCAUCACUUGCAGUCAAACUGCAUUGGUAAGCAUGCGCUGACCUACUAAAGGCAUGUUGCAGAAGUUCCGGGGGGCGUUAUCGUAGAAAAUAAUUUAGGACAGUUGAAAGAGAAGAAGCCUGUUUGUAAAAUAUUUUGUAAAUUAGUCUCAGCAUGGUCUUCACAGAGGAUAAACCACUCUAUUUAUCAUACCGUUUUUGAUACUGGCCACGGCCCGAACAAGACUUCCAACACAAAAACCCUAUAUGUGCUGCUUGCAGUGCGCACACCGCAGGCUUCUAUACACGAUAUUUAGCUUUUAGAUUAGUCGGACAGAAUAUAGCAAACCCAAUUUUACAAAUGUACUAGAGGUGUGUUUUCUGGUGGGUCGAGGAGCGUCUGUGCUGUAUGUAACCCUGUUUAUAUUCUCCACAGAGGCGAGGAGAAUGUGUUCAUAUGUAUCUCACGGUUAUGAAAUAACCAGUAGCAAGACCUGCGUAGGAACGAAGAGAGAAAUAAAUGCUGCGAUGGGGUUCGAGGACAAAGUCGGUGCCAAUGACUGAAGUGUUAACAGAGUUUCCUAUUUACCUCAUGAUGAAUCUGGGAGGAAAGACACCCUGUCCACUGUGUAUAGGUCCUAGUAGACUGGUUGUUGGUGUUUUGUCUGCUCCUUACAUUUUUGUUAACUUUACUGUUAUUUCUUAUGAAUCUGAUCUUGUACAUUUGUCAUAAUAAAAUGGGUUUGAAGCCA